UUAUCUCUGAAAUGUGAGAGUCAAUUCGCCGAAUUACUGUAAACCGAUUCAAUCGAUUGAUUGAAAUGAUUCGACUCAAUCAAACAAAUCUUGACAAAUUUAACACAUCAGCAGCAGCGCCCUAUUGUUUAUAACUAAAGAGGCUUACUCUGUCAAAUAAACAUACGGUAAUGCCACAUUUGCCGUAUAAAUCAGAUUUAACUUCCUCCGGAAUGAUUGGUUUGUCAAACUCUGCAAGUUGCAUAAGUUAACUCAUUUUCGCCACGGUCAGAAGCAACAGGUGUGUAUUAAAGAUAAGUGCGCCAUAACUUCACAACCCGGCUGUUUGUAAAGCAAUUUAACACAAGGAAACAAAAGACACUCAUUCAGCUUUCCCUUCUCUAUUUCGCUUGGAGUAGCAGGUUUUGUAUGUGUGCGCCGGGGAAGAUUUUUGUCAGAGGUGACGCAAAUGCUGUGCGCCGUCCUGGUCGCUCCAGAGAGUAGACGAGAACAUUUGGCCAGGUAUUUGUCAUCCAUGUGGGAAUGGGGGAUAUGAAGACCCCAGAUUUCGAUGAUCUGCUUGCAGCAUUUGAUAUUCCAGACAUUGAUGCCAAAGAAGCAAUUCAGUCUGACACUCAUGGCAAUCAUAAUGAACACAGUAGUGUAGUUGGAAAGGAGAGAAGUGGAAGUCCUUCCCUAAGACCUUCAGGAAGUCCUGAUCCUCCUCACAAUGACCCUUCCGUGGUCAGCGUGAUUGUAAAAAACAGUGUACAUUCAGAUGACAAAGCCGAAGGGAAUGAAACUGGGGAGUUUUCUAGUGCAGAUGAAUCACAAAAGUCUCCCCAGAAAGGUCCCAGUAAAGAUAGCUCAGUGCCUACUGAUCCAUUUAUCUAUAAUGGACUCAAAAGCGUCUCAGAUGGGUCUACAGAAUCCCCCCCAUCACUAGAUCUAGCACCAGGGCAGCAUAAUGGCCCCCUUUGGUCUCUUUCUGCCUCUAAAGCUACUGGUGAUGAUGACAAACAUAAUGACGCUUUUACUAAUCACCCUGCCAGCACUUUUCAGUCUUUACCUCUGAGUAAUCACCCCAGCGUAUCUUCACAUUUAAUUAGUCCAAACUUUUCUUCCAAAGUUGAUUCUGAGGAAGCACAAGCAAUAAAUGGCACUUUAAGGGCAGGAGUUCGUCGGCACCAGUCUGAAGAUGAAGAAUCUGAACCAGACCUUGGCAGUCCUGCUCUUGUCAUACAAGAGAGCCCCAUUUCCCAGCUGUGCCCUGCUCCCAAGGUCCCACGCAUGCAGCGGUCCCCUUCAAGUGUGUUUCAACCGCCUUCUCCCUCAUCGCCUUCCUUACCUGUCAGUAACACCCAAAUGGAGGAACCCUCUGUACAGCAUCCAAAACUACACAGCAGCACCAACCCAACAUCUCUGACCUCCACAAAUAAUCUACCAGUUGAAGAAAAAGAUCUGGAGCAUAUAAUUGAGGAGAGAGAUUCUCCUGAGAGCCCUGAGCCAGAAAUCUCUCAAUCUCGUACAUCUCUUCCCUCAAAUUCACAAGGAGCCAUUGAGUCAAAACAGAGGAUAACAAGAGAAGAAGCCCCUCAAGAUGAAGUUAUGGACGUGAGCAUGCAGGAGAAGGUGGAUUAUGGAGCUGAGGCGACAGAAGGGAAAUCUACUGAGCCUACUUUGGUGGAAUCGGCCUCUGAUGCAAUCUCCAACUCGGCUUCUUCCAAGCCUCUCAAAAUGAGAAUCAAGACUGUCAAGAAACCAGUUGUAAGCAUUACACGCACUGUAUCUAAGGCUGCUACCAAAGGUGGAGCCUCUAAGGGUUCUGGUGCCUCUAAAGUUCAAGCAGUAGCCCGUAAGUCACUGCAGAAGAUUCCGAGAUCUGUUGCUUCUCCUCAACUGCUAUCUCAGAGUACAAAGGUCGCGAUGUUGCCCGUGUCCACCCUUCAGGAUGCCAGCACGGCUAUGUUGUUUGCAGCCAGCAGGGCACAGAAUCAAAUGCCCACUGCUCUUUCGGCCACUGCAGUCAACAUCACCAGAACAUCAAACCUCCCUUCCAUCUCUUCCUCAUCCAUUCCUGGAGUUAACGUUCGCGCUGCUUCAGGCCAGAAAACAAACACUGGAACAGCUAAACCAGCCUCAAUUGUGAACAGUCCAGGAGCUGUGAUCUCACGCAGCCAAUCUAGCCUUGUUGAGGCUUUUAACAAAAUCCUGAACAGUAAGAAUCCACUGCCAAGUUACCAGCCAGACCUCACCUCUCUGCCACCCCCAGAAUGGGGUCUUCGAUUGCCCUCUACCGGAUACCGUUGUCUCGAGUGCGGAGAUGCAUUUGCUUUAGAGCGCAGCUUGGCGAGACACUACGAUCGACGCUCUAUGAGGAUUGAGGUGACCUGUAACCACUGCUCCAAACGGCUGGCUUUCUUCAAUAAGUGCAGCCUGCUGCUCCAUGCACGAGAACACAAGGAGAAGGGGCUGGUCAUGCAGUGUUCUCAUCUUGUCAUGAGUCCUGUCAGUGUGGAGCAGAUGAUUGGCCAGCAGGAUACUGUGCCUAUAGGUGUGCUCUCUCCAGCCGUCUCUGCUCUGUCUGCCAUUAAAGAAAGUGGUGUCAAUUUGUCACAAUCGUCUGAUCACAGCUGUCCAGAGUGUUGGAGUACAUUCAAAGGGAAGCAAGAAUUGGUAGCACACUUCCAAGAAGUGGAGCCUGGCGGCACUGACACGUGCUGUCUGCAGUGUUCUCCACCAAUGCCACUCUGGAACUCGUGCUGUGCUGCAGCUCACCGUCGGAUGCACCAGCAGCUCCCUCCUCUCGUGUGCCCUGAAUGUGGACUCAUCUGUCAGACUCAUGAGCUCAACACUCACCUCAAACAAACCUGCCUGCACUACUCACGCCGCCUUGGAUACAAAUGUGCCUGUUGUCAUUUGGUGUUUGGAGGAGUGAAUAGUCAGAAUGCGGUAAAGACGCACAUGCAGACGGCUCACUGUGAGAUCUUUCAUAAAUGUCCCUCCUGCCCAAUGGCUUUCAAAUCUUCUUCUGGUGCUGAAAGCCACUGCGCAUCCCAGCAUCCUGAGCUGUCUGAAAGUGCGAGACAGUCCAAGGAGAUCUAUAAAUGUGUGAUGUGUCGGACUGUUUUCACCCAAAAAUCAUUGCUCAGUGUCCAUAUUGACACUCACUUAACCAAGCAGAAAAUGCAUGUCUUUAAGUGCCCAGACUGUAACAAGCUGUUUACGCAGAGAACUUCCCUCCUUGAACACGUUAAGGAUACACACAGGGAGACAAGCAACCAUGACGGCACGUCAACACAGAACAGCUUGGUAAAGAUGGAGAGCUCUGAUGGGGAGGAGUGGGGACGUGAUGAAGAAGAGGACAAAGGGAAAGUGUCGGAUGCAAACUCUGCUGUCCCACGUAGCCAGAGCUGGAGCUGCUCACAGUGCCAGACGCACUACACCGACAAAGAGAAUUACAUCAGUCAUAUGACUGAGCAGCACGGCAAGGAACUGAAGAAAUUUCCGUGCACUCUUUGUGAAGGCUCCUUCUCUUCAUCCUCAAGUUUAAGACGCCACAUUCGUGUCAAACACAAAGGCAUUAAAAGAGUGUUUUAUUGCCAGCUUUGUACAGGUGAGAAGAGGAGCUUUAGCAGUAAGCUGAUUCUGGAGAAACACAUUCAGGCUCAGCAUGCAGGAGAGAGAGGAACCGCCACACAGAGUCAGGCAGUUCCUCAAUUCACAGAUGGAGCUGACAGCUCUUCUGAACAUGAUGCUGGCGUUCUGGGCGGGUCGUCGGUGGAACCCGAAAGCCGAUUGGCUGAGAGCACACUGACACGCCGCAUUAAAGGAGCUCCAGUCGGGGAGCAGGAAGCCAAAGGAUUGCGUUGCAUGCCAUGUGGCUUCACCACAGAGGACCGAGAGGAAUUUCUCCAGCACAUCGUCUGUCAUCGUGACGGAGGAAGCGGCGCUCAGUGUCAGCAGUGCGGAGCAUGUUUUGCAUCUUCCUCUUCCCUCAGCAGGCAUCUCUUCAUCAGUCAUCGAGUGCGGGAUUCUCCUUCUGAUCACGCUGAAGCAGCUCUGCACACCUGUGCCACUUCUGUGGCCUCUGACUCUGCGGCCGCAGGAGGCUCUCCAGGGUCUCCGCUGAGUGUUGUUGGGGGACUACUGGAGGACGGUGAAGGUAAGCACAUCUGUAAGGUGUGUGGACGUUACUUUAGCAAACCUGCUGAUCUUAAUACGCACUUCAGAACUCACGGCAUGGCCUUCAUCACUGCGUACAAAACAGACAAACCAGCAUAGAAAGAGAGAGUGAUGUGAAUAAAUUAACUUGAGGGAGAAACUCGCGUAAUCUGUUAAGAACUUGUCUAGGUUCUCACACCAAAAUCGGUAAAAAAUAAAUAAAUGAGAUAUAUUAUAUAUUUUCCAGGAAUACAAAACUAAAGAUCUUUUUAGCGAGACUUUUUUUUUUGAGAGAGAGAGAGAGAUUUUCCUCUCCAAAUGUCCAAGAGUGCUGAGAAAAGCACUAUAUACAUGCAAUUAAUACAUUUUUGUAAAUUAUUGCUUUUUUUACUUUUUUAUUUAAGCAUAGUCAUUCUCAAUACUGAUAUGAAAAAUUAAAUACACAUUAUAUAAAUUAUUGCCCUUUAUACUGAUUAAAUUAAAGUUAAAUACAUGAGAGAUUUACCAUGAUACAGUAAUAAAAUACUGAAUUACUAUAAUGAAAAUGAUAAUUACACAAUUAAUGUGAACAUGAGGAGAAAAUUAAAAUGUGUUGCCAAUUAACUCAACCUCAGACCAUCCAAGAUGUAGCUGACUUUUCCUUAUAAUAUAUAUUUCUUAUAUGAAUAUGUAUUUUUCUUUUUAUUAUCAAAUGCAAUAAGGAAGAUGGCUCCAGACUGGCACGAAUGUGAAUUAAAGAUAUUCAUUUUGUAAUUAAUGUUAAAAAAUUAACAGUAAAUUUUCUUUUUUUUUCUGAGAACAAUCCCUUUAAGUCGUUUAGAAAGUCAUUACUCAUGCAACACAUUAUUUGUUGUAAAUAAUGUUCAAGUGUCUUACAAAUUAAGCUACUUUUCAUUUUUGGAGAGCAAUCCAAAUCCAUUCAGUUAGACACAGUUUUGUGCAAAAUAUAUAUUUUUUUUCUUAUGCUCGUUUUUUCCUGAUUGUGAAGGUGAAAUGCGAGUAGAUUCUACAUUAUACAAACAUGAUAGAUUUCACAUUACAUGUCAUUCAAACUCUAGAGACCUAAAGUAUUUGGGUUUGUCACAGGUUAUUAACACUCCACAUUUACACACAAAAUGUAAACCACUGUUUCAGCGCAACAUGUUCAUUAUAACUUAGAAACUCUGUUAGUGCAGAUACUGCUGUUUAACAAGAAGUGUUUAGGUAAGGUUUGAUCAGCCUAAAAAGUGAUCACAGCAAGCACUUAAUUCACUAAAAUCAAGAUUCAGCCUUGCUUUAUAUACCUGUGCCUACUGAUUCCAUUGUGCAAACAAAUAACCAAACAGUCUGUUUUUCUGAAUGCAAAAUACAGCUGAUUAUGAGUGAAAUACUGUAAUUACUAACACUUGAGCACAGCCAAAUGCUCCUGCAUCAGGUGACUCCUUUGUGCUUGAAUCAUGUUUACUUGGUAAUGUCUGUACUUGCUCUAUUUGUGUUUCCACAGAGGCAUUAAAAUCAGGACAUUUGCUGAAUAGUUGCUGAUCUUUUGAAUGAGAAUGAAAUAAAGUGCCUUCUUUAUUUAGCGUUAGACUCGUACAGCAAGGUUUGCUCUUAAAGGCCUCAUGAUUGUUUCCUCAAUGAGAAGAAUCUGUAUUGUGUGCGAUGUAGAUUAAGAAAAGUUGUAUUUGUAUGUUUGUGAUGUACUUGUUUAAGGGCCUUACACAUAUUUACUGCAGGUUUUCUGUUUAAAGUUGAUUAAUAGAGCUUUGUUGUACCAUAAACCUAUUUUUUUUUUAGAUGAAUAAAACUGUAAUGGCUUAAUAAUCAGUAUUCUGUUUCAGAUUUAUGUUCUGUUUUCGUUUGUUCUGGUACACUUUUGUUCCUGAGUUUGGUUUGUCUUCAUUACUUUUAAGUUUGGGUUAUUAAUAUUAAGCUGUUAGUUUUUGCUUUGAUUAGCUUUCCUCUUAUUUUUAUGCAAUCAAUACUGUUUUUGUUAUGUGUUGUUUGUGUCUGGAUGUGUGUAGAUUCUUUCUUUAUCACCUGUGUGGAUUAAAGCUCCUUUUUAAAUGUA